UCCAGUUUGCGUUCCUUUAGAGAGGAAGGUGGUUGUGUUACGGAUUUGUCUCGAAUAUUUCGAAACUUUAAAAACUUUUUACGCAGUGACGAGAUAUUUACAUACUGAAUGAUAAUAAUUAUUGAGUAUUGUUUGCACUAUACGUACAAAUAAGCAGUAUUUUGUUUUGUUUAAGAACUACCAAUAAUACAUUCGUUAACAUUCCUCGGGUGUUACUUCGUGAAAAGUGUGUGAGAAAUUGUUUGGAAACUUUUUUAUAUAACUGGAUAAUUUAUUCUUUUCAGAUACAAAGAUGUUGCCAAGGAAAAGAAACUGCAAUAUAAUCAUCCUCACAGUAUUAUGUCUAGUCAGAUCUUCAUCUCAACAUGGUUCAGGCGCGCCUCCUGGGGCUUGUAUCGACCAAAUGCCACGACACAGUGGUAUACUACCACAAUCUUCAGUGCCCCCCUACGCUAUAAUGACGUCAGCGUCACAAGUGAGGCAGGGGGACAGUCUAAAUGUGACUAUAGGUAGUCCUUUUGGAGCCCCACUGCCUAUUGGAGGGUUUAUAGUACAGGCGAGAGCUAUACAGAACCCAGAGCAAAUUGUUGGUAAAUUCACAUCAGUACCAGAUCAAACAACCACACGGAUAAUAAACUGUCGUGGUGAUAAUGACACGGUCACACACUCGACGCCGGAAGAUAAACCGCCUUUGACGUUUGUGUGGCAAGCGCCUAAGGAUUUCUUGGGAGGCGUUGAAUUUAAAGCAACAGUCGCGCAAGGUUACGCAACAUUCUGGCGCAAUGUGGGAUCCCCACUCGUGGAAGUGGUGACACCAGACACGGAUCUAUCCCCACCGACCACUCAAAGCACUACGCCUAGAAACACACCACCUCCACCUCUUAUUAUGGAGUCUAAGCCAAAGACAACCCCACCUCCCCUAGACGUAAUAUACCAAGGAUGCGCGGACACAAAACUAUGUUUCGGUGUCCCUCAAAAUUGCAUUCAAACUGGCAACUGCAAAGCGAUUCUAGCAAUAUUUGUAGCUGGCGACACUUACACUUUCGAAAUACAAGGCACAGAUAAUCCAAAAUAUGUUGCCGCUGGUUUAAGCGCAGAUAAUAAAAUGGGCGAUGACAGCGCUAUGGAAUGUGUCAGAAAUGACAAUGGACGAAUUAAUUUAUUCACUUCCUGGACUUAUCCUAAAGAGGAGCCAUAUGUGAAAAGAUCAGAUUCUCCUCAAGAAAUUGUACAAUUGCUAGAAUCUUCUACGAUAGAUGGGAAACUGUAUUGUAAGUUUAGAAGAGAUGUGGUGUCCGUAGUGAAGGGACAAACGUUCGAUCUAGCGAAGGACACGUAUAACUUGAUGGUGCUAGCUGGCAGUUCUAUGAAAGACAGUGAUCGCGUAGGUUUCCACGACCUAGCAUACGAAGCAACCGGCGCCCCGCUCGCGCUCGCCACGGUGGGCACGGCGGCGCCGGCUUCCAAACUAUUGUUGAAGUUACACGGCGCUUUCAUGAUUUUGGCCUGGUUGGGGUCCGCGUCGUUGGGGAUUAUUGUUGCCAGAUAUUUCCGAAAGACAUGGGUCGGCAAGACACUUGGUGGAAAGGACAUCUGGUUCGCUUACCACAGAAUACUCAUGGUACUAACAUGGGUGCUAACAGUUGCUGGGUUCAUUCUCAUAGUCAUUGAAGUUGGUACUAUCGCCACUACGGGUGACAAUCCGCACGCUAUAACUGGGCUGAUUACCGUUAUAUUGUGCUUUUUGCAACCUAUUGGUGCAUACUUCAGACCGCACCCGGGCACCAGCAAGCGAUCAUACUUCAACUGGGGACAUUGGUUCCUUGGUAACGCUGCUCAUAUCUUGGGAAUUGCAACAAUAUUCUUUGCUGUGAACCUGCAAAAGGCGGAAUUACCUUCAUGGAGUAUAUUUGUUAUGGCAGCAUUUGUGGUGUUCCAUGUUGUUAUGCAUGUCGUAUUAUCGCUAACAGUGUGCGUGUCAGAAGGACGCAUAUCAAACGGACGCGUGAACGCAUUCCCUAUGAAGGAUAUGCUCGGACCAAGACAUGCCGCGGAAAGCGGGGAUGCGCCGUUCUCCGGCUUCAGAAAACACCUCCUUGGAGUUUACGCGCCAAUAAUCCUGCUAUUCGCGAUUGCUAUGAUCUGUUUGGUUGCUCUUGCGCCAAUCACCGACACUUAUAGCAAUAUGAUGGGAUCUUAGAUACCUGUAUAUUUAAUUUAAUAUUAAUGCGACGAACAAAAAUUUAUAUAUUAAUUACAACAUUGACGUACCAUAAAAAAAGUAGACUCACAUUAGUAUAUUAUUUUAAUCGUUAUCAAAAAAUGUCCGAGCGCCAUUUAAUAAAACAUUCAUUGAAAUUUACACCUUAUUUCGUGGCAGUAAUGUUCAAAGUCUAUUGUAUCAGCCAUUAGAAAACUCUGCCUAUAACACGCAUAGUUAGAGUUUAGCUUUGUACAAUUUGUACAAUUUGAUUGUUAGUAGUUGUUUAUUGUACGUCUCUUUACGAACAAAAAUAGAAAAAUAUACUAUUCGAAAUAUGAACAGCGUCUAGAUACCGCCUCAUUUUGAAAAAAAAAUACUAAACUAGGUAGUAAAUAGACACAUUUUUAAAAUGACUAUGAAUUUUUUACGCCUUGUAGAUAUUAUGUCGUAAU